GAAUUUGGCCCUGGCAGCAGCAUGAGGAGGCGGUUUUAGGGGCCCAUGGCGAUUUGGGGCCCGGGGCAGCAGCUAUGGGGGCCCCGUAUCUGCCAGGCGGUAAAGGGGGCCCCAUGGCAGAAAUUAGGGGCCUGGGCAGCAUCAAUGGGAGGCCCGUAAUCGCUGGCCAUCACCCCUAUGACAAAAAAAUGGAACACACCAGCAUUGUGAGGACGAACCCCUCCCUGCCUGAAAGUGGCACAUGGCAGAGUGUGGCGAUAGAGACAGCAGCAAUGGGAGGCCGUACAGGGACCCAUGAGAGACUCUGGACUUCGCAGCAGCAU